CUUAAAGUACUUAAAGACAGUGACUUCACAGUGACUUCAGACUUUGCUGGAUUCUGUAGGGAGUGUACAUCACCAUUUAAAAUGUCGACUUCACGAGGUGUACUGUUUGGGCUCGUAUUGGUUUUUUGCCUGCUAUUUAGUGAGCUGGAGUCAAGGAGCCUGGAUUGGCUAGAUAUUGGGCGUCGGCCGGUUCAGGAGGGUGAUGUGCGUCUGGAGGAGGGCAAGGGGCCAUCGGAGGGCCGGGUGGAGGUGUUCCACGACGGCAGCUGGGGGACGGUGUGUGACGACAACUGGGGCAUGGAGGAGGCUCGAGUGGUGUGCGCUCAGCUGGGGUUCCGUGGUGCCCUCUCCGCAGAAGCAGGAGGGAAGUUCCCAGCAGGCUCUGGAAGUAUAUGGCUGGAUGACCUUGAAUGCAAAGGCAGUGAGAAUUCGUUGAGUAGCUGCACAUUUAAGGGCUGGGGAGUGACUGACUGCUCCCAUGCAGAGGAUGCUGGUGUGUUGUGUGACAUUGGUGAGCCUCCUAACAACACACAAACACAGUAUCCGGCUUUGAACAUCUCCAAAAGUUACUCAAUGGACCACAGCAUUGAGCUGUCUGACCAGAUGGGAGAGCUGUUUGACAGUGGCACAGGCUGUGACGUCACCCUCACGUUUGCUUACCCAGCGGAUGAUUCUCUGGAACUACAGACACAGGAGGGACAGGGCCCUGAUGAAAACAUCAACGAGGAGAAAAUAUGUGUUCAUAGCCUGGUUCUGUCACUCUUCCCAAAAAUGGUAAUUUCCAACUCAAGUAAUGACAUAAAGAUCGGCUCAAACUGCCAGCAUUACGUUCGAGACUUUGUACGAUACCUCUACACGCGCAAGAUAACGGUCACCUCUGGCUCCAUGCAGUGCCUUCAUCAGCUGGCAUCUGGGUUUGGCACAGAGCGCCUGGUCGAGGACAUAGGACGCCUCUUUGUGCCCCUGUUGCCUGAAGAUUCCUCCUUCCGCACACAGGUGGCGCUGUUCAAGUACGCAGGCCGGGCUGGUGAUAAUCAGCUUCGUGAGAACGUGUUGCGCUACUUGGGCUGGAACAUGGAGCCGCUGGUGUCUUCAGCCCAGUGGAAGAAUGCACCACAGGCCCUCGUGAAGGGUCUGCUGGUCCGCUCAGACCUGGUGGUCCCAGAUGAGGCCUGGUUGCUGGGGGCACUGGAUGCCUGGAUGCUGGAACAAGGUGAGACAUUGAAGCCUGAGCAUCAAGCAGCUCUGCUGGGCCACCUGCGUUUCCCCAUGAUGACCCCAGAGAAACUCCAUGAGCUGCCCUUCACCUCUCGCCUCUACAGUAGCCACAAAGAUCUCUUCCAAAAUGUAAUACUGCUGGGGUUCCAGUUCCAUGCUCUGGACUUUUCUACCCUGACCAGACACAUGGACAACCAGAGUGAGCAGCUUCAGCCCAGAAUCUACACUGCCAGUCCCUGGAGUGUCAGCUUCAAUAUCACAAAGUCAUAUGGUACAUGCAAUAUAUACAACAGGAAUGGUGAUUGUUACAAGUCAUUAAGCACCCCAGUGCCCCUUUCCUCUUCUUAUUCAUCCAGGAAUCUUCCAUGGACAGCGGAAAUCUUUCAAUCAGAAAAUGAACAAGGCUGCAAUGAUUAUAAUAGCAACGAUUGCAAAUAUUUUUCUGGACGCCUCUUAAUAAAUGUCCAUCUGGGAGAACAUGAGGGCAAAUUCAAAUUCAGCAACCAACUACUGAUGACCUGUGGAGAAAACUACGUCUUCCAUGUGCAGGAGUUUAAGAACAAUGAGGCAAGCUUCACAAAAAACAGCAUGGCCAUUCCGAUCCCUUGUCCUGAUGACCUCACCUACCGUUUUGUUGUCCGCCCUCAAUACACCUGAGGUGACCAGUCAAGAGGGUGCUUUCCUAAUUCCUGUGGCUAAGAGGUGGGGAACCUAUGUCUCUAGGGCUGUUUACACCCCUUGAGGCCGUGCUAUCCGGCCCAGAAUAUAAUUUUUAUGUUUCACAUAAAUAAAUAUUUUGUAAAGGAAUCUUAGAAAUUACAUUUGCAAAAUAAUUAAGUUGUGGCCACCUUCAAUGUAAACCUAAAGGGAAGUGGAAAAUCCUGUUUUAUGUUCAUAGUACGGCCCUUGGAGGACUCAAUUGAAAACAGUUCCGCACCCCUGCCGUGAUGGUAAAUAAUGCACAGAAUACAUCCUCAAGGCUGCUUUGGUUUUUAAAAGGACAAGACAUUAUUUUUCCAUGGUUUGUGUGCCUACCACAAAAUGUAGGCCACCUUAUUUAAACAUUUAAUAAACAAUGUAAUUUUUAUUUGACUGACACUGUAAUUCAGAAGUAGCUUGUUGAUUUUCACGCUUCUCACAGGUGCAUAAUAAGCACUGAUCAGUUGGCCAGAGUGAUGCAGUGAUUGUUGGGUGAAACUGUUUACUAGUCUGUUUGCCCUGAUCUUUCUGGAUUUGGAUGUACUGCCCGGUUUUACAUGUUUUUCAUGCAUUUCUCAACCUAAAAAUGUAAGAAAUUUGAAUGCACUCACUGAGUCAUUAAGGCAUUUCUAAUAUUCCUCUUUUUUGUUUUAGUGCUAAAAAUGUAUUUGCUUUAAUCACUAGUAUUAUACUACUUGUACCUUGAAUUAGUAGGCCUAUUUGACUUAAUAAAAAAAUAUGUCUUGUCAUGAGGAUGUAUUGCUUCAACAUUCAUUGCCCUAUUUCAUUGGAAGGCGUUUGAGUGCCGCCUCAUUUCAAUGUUUAAAGUUCUCUGAUCUGUUAGUCUGCUAUUUUGAUCCUUGUUUUUCUGACGACUGUGAUCAUCCUCAUCUAUGCACGCAUGGACAGUUGGCUGCUCACUUCUCUGUGCUGGAUCGCCAUCUGGUGAUGAAGUGGUGAAGUGUAACUACCUAUUUCAGAGGCUACUCAUGUGCCAAUAAUGACAUGUUGGAUGAACGUUCAAAUGACUACGACUACAAACAGAAGACAAUUUUAAUCAGAAUGAUAUAUGUUAUGGGCCUAUAACAAUAAUGAACAGCAUAACAUGUAACCAUGCAGAAAAGUUGACGGCCAAAAUUGUCAUUGAAAUUGAAAUGUCAACAUUAUUUUGGUGGUUUCACAAACAAAAUACACCAUAAACAAAACUAUGCCGGGAAAAAUGAACCUACGAGGCCUUGCACCUAUUUGAUGAAUAAACCUAUAGGCCUUUGUAAUGAGUGGGGCCUAUAGGUCUAGAAUCUAUCAUUUCUUUUUCUUUUAAGAAAUGGAUCCAUAUAUUUUAUGGACUUGUUGUGCCACUAUUGUAGAUAAUUCAGUGACGUUUAUGCAAAGAAGCAAUUGGGAAAGAGAAGGUAGAGUGUAGAAAUGAUGCAGACUGAACUCGAAUCUGAGUGCCCAGAUAG